AUGCAUUCGAGCAGAAACUUACAAACCAGUUUAAGGUUAAGGGUACGCAGAGUGCACAGAAUGCAAUUGCACAAAAAGCGAAUGGCGAUGCAGCGUGGGCUUGCUGUAGCGAUGAUUCGUCCGUUCGGUAAGGUACUAUCCACGACCAAAAUGGUCCCCACUUCGUCCAAGGGAAGUUUGUAUGAGUUUUUCAAACUGCCUUACAAUCCCGCAACACCCAGCAGGCGGAAAUCGGCCCUAUGGGAAUCGUUGAAGACUUUGUUGUACUUCGUGCAGUUCCUGUUCAAGAGCAUCCCGGUUUGGAUCGAGAUCAUUACCAAGUGGUUGAAUCCGCCGCCACCGAAGAGCAUUGCCGGAUGGAAUGCAUUGGUCACGGGAGGAUCCAACGGGAUCGGACGAGCCGUAACUUUGGAACUGGCCAAGUUCGGGUGUAAUGUGAUCAUAGCCGAUGUGGAUCUGGAGAAUGGAGAGAAGACGGUGCAGGAAGCGCUAAAGUACCGAGUCAAGGCGGUGGCAUACAAGGUGGACGUUUCCGACUACGAAUCGAUUGUAAAUCUGGGUCAAAAGAUCGAACGGGACUUUGGUCGUGUUGACAUCCUGGUCAACAACGCUGGUAUAAUCCCAUACCUAGUGCCGGACGAGUACAGUCCGGAGAACAUCCGAAGGAUGAUGGAGGUAAACGUUCUGAGCCACUUUUGGACCAUCAAAACGUUUCUGCCGGGAAUGUACCAUCGUCGGCGGGGGCACAUCGUGGGGUUGUCCUCACGAGCGGCUUACAUCCCCACAGGGUACAUGUUAAACUAUGCCACUACCAAAUAUGCGGUCCGCGGAUUCAUGGAAGACCUGCACGACGAGAUCUAUCACGCUGGGAUGGAGGAACAGGUCGUUACGACUACUGUGUUUCCGGGGCUGAUUAACACCCGGAAGGAAUCGAUUGAUCACUUUUUGACACUGCCAGGAUACGACCAGAUGACACUGCCAACGCCGGAGGAAGCCGGAAAGACUAUAGUGGAAGGUAUCCGGACCAAUCAGCGGAAGUUGUAUGUGCCGAACAUUCUGCAAACGUGGCAGGUGGCGCUGUUUGAAUUUCAAAAUCGAAUUCCAUCCGGUCUCGCCGAACGCUGUUUAUUCAAUCACCGUGUGUGGUGGUAUCCGAUCGAUCGUUAUCAUCAACAUCAUCAUCAGCAGCAGCAGCAGCAGUACUUUUGGCGUGUGGCGUUGCACAUUAUUAUCCAGUAA